GGCUCGCUGCUUGCUAUAUAGCUAGCAGCAGGGCCAGCAACCAGGCCUGCUUAUGGCGUCUAAAAGUAUUUUUGCAACACUUCCUAGGCCAUUUAAAGAUAAACCAUCUAUGGAUAAACCAAAAAGAAGAGCUCAUCACUGCGCUGUAUCAGUAGGUGAUUCACUGUAUGUGUGGGGUGGUAAUCAGAAUCGUUUUGCUGGAGUACAUGACAAUGAAGAGAAGAGAAAGAUCACUAGUACUAUACAGCACUUUACUCCUUCAACUGGUCAAUGGAUCACUAGAGAUACUGCUGGUACUCCUCCAUUAGGAGUGAUUGAAUACUGCUGUACUGCAAUAAAUGAUCUAUUGUAUUAUUUUGGAGGAGCUUGUGGCCAUGGCAAUUGCUAUCACAACAGUAUUACACAACUGGAUACCGUUAGUCUUCAAUGGAGAGAAUUAGAACCAACUGAUGCAACUAGACCAGUUAUGAGAAGAGGUUAUGGUGGAAUGAUAUCAUUUAAACAUGAUGGAGUACACCAUUUACUAAUGAUAGGAGGAAGAGGAUCUAAACCAGCUGUACAACUACCUCAUUAUAAAUAUAUUGAGUUACCUCAUGGAAACUGGCAUACUAAUGAGCAUUCAAUAUAUAAUAUAUCAUCAAAAAAAUGGAGUACUCCUUUAAUCAAUGGUCAGUGUAUACCACCUGCUGAGAGCUUCAUCAUUGAAAAGAUCAACAACACUAGAGCUAUUCUGUUUGGUGGGGUAGAGACUAUUGAUGGUGAUGAAGAUGCUAUUACUAACAAUAUUUAUAUAUUAGAGAUAUCACUCGGCACUGUGGUUUGGCAGUGUAUAAAGAAACCCGAAGCAAUAGACCAAUGGCCUGUGGGCAGGUACAAUCAUGGAGGUGCUAUUGUUAUAACUGGAUCAGACUUUCCUAUACUAGUGAUAAGUGGCGGGAAAGAUAAGGAUGGGCAUACGCUAGAUGACUAUUGGAUCUUUAACAUCACUCAACAUUCCUGGAUAAAGUUAGAUGUACCCAAAACCUUCUCUCUUAGAUAUGCACAUUCUCUCUCAAGCUUUGUUUUGAGUCCUCAUUGUGCUUUGAUAGUAACUGUUGGAGGAAGAUGUCAUGACUCUACUGCAUUCAUCACUAAGCCUAAUAUUGCAAUGUUAAAUUUCAUUGACAAUAAAGGAGAGUGGACAGUAGGUGAUACAUUAGAUACCAAUGGUAUGAAUAAUGAAGAAUACAAGAAGAAGUAUCAACUACAGUACCAGAAACCAAGAAAAGGAGAUACAGCCGAUAUUGAGCAAACUGUACAAGCUCUUAUGAAGAGUCUUGAAGAGAAGGAGAGAGAAGCACAAGUUUUUCAUCAACAGAUGGAGCAGAAGGAAAAAGAAGAAGUAGAGAAAGAUCAAGAAAUAAGAAGAUAUUGUCAUCAGCUACAAGAGAAGGAUAUGGAGCUACAAGAGAAGGAUAGGGAGCUACAGGAGAAGGAUAGGGAGCUACAGGAGAAGGAUAGGGAGCUACAGGAGGCUCCUCAUUCGGAAAGAAAGAAAGAAGAAAUGGAAAAAAAACUAGAAGACAAAAUGCUAGAGACAAAGAAAUUUUUGGAACAUCUGCAGCAAAAGGACGAGAUGAUUUCAAAAAAGAUACAAAAUUAUAAUUAUGAGUUACAAAAGAUGAAGAAGGAGCUAGAAGAUAAAGAAAGUGAGAUCCAAAAGCUAAAUCAGCUGUUACAAAAUAAAGACAAGGAACUAACUAAAAGAGACCAAAUAUUAAAGAAACAUUUAACUCAAGAUGAACUUAAAGGUGUACAUGUUGCUGCAAAGAAUUCAUUUCUUAUUCACAGUGAAUCUACCCAGCUAGUUAACUGGGAGGAAUAUGGCAUAAGGAUAACAAUACCACAAGGAGCAGUGCUACCCUCUGAUACUGUACAGGUCACUAUCACUGCUCUUAUAGGAGGAGAUUUUAUAUUCCCAGAAGACACUGAGCUUGUUAGUGCAGUAUAUGCUAUAAAUACCUCUAAGCCUUUUCUUGAGCCUGUUAAACUGGAGAUACAGCACUGUGUGUCCAUAAAAAUACCUUCUCACUGUAAUUUUAGCUUUGCCACUGCUCCUAGUGAUAAAACACCUUACCAGUUUAAACUUGUGAAUGGAGGAAAUUUUGUCUCUAAUGGUUGUUAUGGUAACAUUUAUGUCUCUGAAUUUUGUUUGUGGAGUCUAAUAGAAUAUGUACGUACAAGCAUCUCAUUUUUUACUAAUAAAUCAUACUAUGGUCAAGUGGUACGUGAGGUGAGGAGGCCAGGAAGGGAAUGGUUAAUAAAGUUUUUGCUCUCUAAAGAUCUUAAUGCACUAAAGAAGCAUAUUAAUGAAAAAUUCAAAAAUAAUGAAACAAUAAACGAUCUAUAUUUUUUAUUUGAAGAGGAAAAUGAUUUUAUUGAGUUUUGCUUUGAUAAGCCAUGUCCUAAGGGAUGGUCAGUUACACCUUAUGACACUCCAACAAAAGUUAGUCAGAGAGCAAUUGAUGACUAUGGCAGCAUGUCUCCUCCUAACUUUCCACAACGCUUAAUUAAAAUCACAGCUGAACCUGGUGAAGGUGCAGAUAAAUAUUUAAAUUAUCCUGUAACAUUGAGAGGAAUUAAAUCUGAUAUUAAAAAAUUAAACAUUGUAUUAACAACUGUCAACGCUGUGAUCUAACAAUCACUUACCGCAAGUUAUGAUCCAGUGGAUGGUCCUACCAAUCAUGAAGAACUAUUAAAUACCAGUGAUCUUGUUGGCAUACUUGAUAUACUAAAGAAGCAUGGAUAUUCUGGUGUCAGUUAUUAUGAUCUUGGUCUUCACCUGGGUCUGCUCCCUCGUACACUUAAUGCUAUUGAUAAUGAACGUGGAGAUAUUAGUAAUCACUUCAGAAUUUGUUUAGAAAAAUGGCUGCAACAAGCUGAUGAUGUAAAAAGUAAAGGCGGUCCAACUUAUGAUACAUUAAUACAAGCAUUGAGGAAGAUAGGAGAGAAUGCUGUAGCUGAUGGGAUUGAAAGAGAAACAAACAAUGACAUGGUUUUACUAGAAGUAGAAGCAAAUCUGUAGGACUUACUAUUUAAAACUCUCGCUGCUCCAUUAUAUUUGCUUAUCCUUUUGAUUGUUUUUUAC